GCAGGGCCGAGGGGCAGAGAGAGAGAGAGAGAGAGAGAGAGAGAGACAGAGACAGAAUCCAAAGCAGGCUCCAGGCUCUGAGCUGUCGGCACAGAGCCUGAUGCGGGGCUCGAACUCACCAAUGGUGAGAUCAUGACCUGAGCUGACGUUAGCCACCCAACAGACUGACUGAGCCACACUGGCACCCCUAAAAGCUUUAUCUUUUUACCUUUCAUAUUUAUAUCAAUAAUUCAUCUGGUUGAUAGCUGUAUGUGUAUGAAGUAGGUAUAUUACAUAAAUUUUUUUUGUUGAACUAAAUGUAGAUACAGAAAAAGUAUUCAAGUAUACACUUUGAUGAAUAUUCAGAUUUAACAUACUGUAUGUAACCAGCUUGUUAUAUCAAGAAAUAGAAUGUUGUCAGCAUUCCAGAAGGAUACAUUAUGUUUUAAUGUUUAAAAAAAAUUUUUUUUUUAAUGUUUUUAUUUAUUUUUGAGACAGACAGAGACAGAGCAUGAGCAGGGGAGGGGCAGAGAGAGGGAGACACAGAAUCUGAAGCAGGCUCCAGGCUCUGAGCUGUCAGCACAGAGUCCCACACGGGGCUCGAACUCAUGGACUGUGAGAUCAUGACCUGAGCUGAAGUUGGAUGCUUAACCGACUGAACCACCCAGGACCGCAGCUGAACGCACAGCUAGAAGGUUGGCUCUCACAAGUACAGUCUACAAAAAGACCUGCUAGAGCCAUUAUUGCACCCCACGCAGGAUAUACGUACUGUGGGUCUUGUGCUGCUCAUGCUUACAAACAAGUGGAUCCAUCCAUUACCCGGAGAAUUUUCAUCCUUGGGCCUUCUCAUCAUGUGCCCCUCUCUCGAUGUGCACUUUCCAGUGUGGAUAUAUAUAGGACACCUCUGUAUGACCUUCGUAUUGACCAAAAGAUUUACGGAGAACUAUGGAAGACAGGAAUGUUUGAACGCAUGUCUCUGCAGACAGAUGAAGACGAACACAGUAUUGAAAUGCAUUUGCCUUAUACAGCUAAAGCCAUGGAAAGCCAUAAGGAUGAGUUUACCAUUAUUCCUGUACUGGUUGGAGCUCUGAGUGAGUCAAAAGAACAGGAAUUCGGAAAACUCUUCAGUAAAUAUCUAGCGGAUCCUAGUAAUCUCUUUGUGGUUUCUUCUGAUUUCUGCCAUUGGGGUCAAAGGUUCCGUUACAGUUACUAUGAUGAAUCCCAGGGGGAGAUUUAUAGAUCCAUUGAACAUCUAGAUAAAAUGGGUAUGAGUAUUAUAGAACAAUUAGACCCCGUAUCUUUUAGCAAUUACUUGAAGAAAUACCAUAAUACUAUAUGUGGAAGACAUCCCAUUGGGGUGUUAUUAAAUGCUAUCACAGAGCUCCAGAAGAAUGGAAUGAAUAUGAGCUUUUCCUUUUUGAAUUAUGCCCAGUCAAGCCAGUGUAGAAACUGGCAAGACAGUUCAGUGAGUUAUGCAGCGGGAGCACUCACGGUCCACUGAAGCUCUGAAUCCUCAGGGAUGCCACCUGCACAUACUCAUUCUCUGUCCGGGGUCCCAGCCUAGCCCUUACCAAGAUACUGGUCCUGGUUUGGGGGGAUUCUGAAACCUCAAACUAAUAGAACUUUCUUCUCUUCUUUUCUAGUAGGUGUAGUCCUUCCUUAAUUUCAACUCAUUAAAAAUGCUUUAUAGUUUAGGGCAGUGGAAGGAAGGCUGGCAUCAAAAUAUUUUGAUCAAAAAAGAUGGCAAUGUAAAGGCCCAGUUGUGGGAGACAGUUUUUUUGAGAGUAACUUGUAAAGCAUUUACCAUAUCCUAAAUUUGCACUCUUUGCAGACUUGUGCACAUAUAUUCCGCUUUCAGAAUAGUUUUGCAAAUUGUACACAAACAAACAAAAAAGGGUGGAAGCUUUUUAAUAAAGAAAUUGCAUUUAUAAAUGAUCUGUAUUAGAAUAUAAUAAAUCUCCAGUUAUAGUCAAUUACUACCCGUGUUGUACAACAGAUACCUUCUAUUUUAGUUGCUAAUAAAGGGCUACACAACUCAAAAUAGUCUGAUUUAAACUUAUUGCUCUGUGGUACAUAAGAAAAUUGUUUUUUUAUUAAUUCCAUCUCAGAAUUUUUAUGUUAAAAGUGGUAAACUUCAGCUCAUGUAGAGAUAUGUUAGGAUGUAUUUUAUUUUUUACAUAUUUAUGUGAUUUUUUUAUCACAGAUAGAAUCAUAUUUUAAAGUUAGCUUUUAAAAUUACAUAUAGUUUGCCUUUUUGUGUGUGACAUCACUUUGUGUCAUUACUAUAUUGUAACAAUAUAAAUUCAAGAUUGGUAAAAGAAUGUAGAUGUAGUCCUUUCCUUCAAAGAUUGUGUUUGAUAGGCACUAGUCUGCAAAUGAGGAAAUGUUGAAGAGUAUUCUUAGUGAUUUUCAAAUCAUUGCAGACCAAACACUACUGCUAUGCCUUUGUAGUGCUUUUAAGCAGUUUGACUCUCUAUUUGAAUUUAUAGCAAGAAAUCAUUAACAAUAACAAAAACAAAAAAAGCCACUGGAUUUUCUUACAGUUCUACAAAUUUUUUUGUCAUGAUUUUUGGUGCGGCUCUUCCAACUAAAAUAAUGGUAUGGUGUUGUAUUUCUUUUUUUAGCAUAGACCAUUCCUAGUCACUUCGGGGGGAAAAGAUAUAUAAAUAUAUAUAAUUUGAUUAGUUAAUUAUUGGCCACCAUGCAUGUAUUAGAUUAUACCUGUUUCAGUAUAACACUGGGUAUCUACAUCACACUGGAGAGCAUUUGUAUCUUCAGUCUUAUGCCGGAAUAGCACAAUUUUUAGAUGCCUUGCACCAAUUUUAUUUAAAGAUUUGCAUUUCUUAGUUAUUAAAUAUCAACUUUCUAUACUCAAGAAUUGAGAAAAAAUAAUGUUUUGGAUUCAAAAUGACCCACCUAUAUAUGUAUGGAAAUUAUACUUGUACACGUUAAUGAUUUAUUUCCCAUCACUUAGGUAUACUUUUGAGUACCAUAAAUAUUUAUUCCUUAUUUAUUAUACAGACUAUAAACAUUUUAAACUUGACUACAGAGUGCAUUUUUAUUAUUUUCUGAGUAUAAAAUGGAUACAUGAUUAUUAUAGAAAAUUUAGAAAAUACUGAAAAGGGUAAAGAAGAGAAAAAAUUGUCUGCAACUUCACUAUCCAGAGAUAACACUGUUAAUAUUUUUUGUAUUUCCUCUCAGUCUUUGUCUAUGCUAUUUAUAUGUAUGAGUGUGUAUAUGUGUUUGUGUGUGUGCAUAAUAACAAAAUUGAGAUUAUAUUGAC